UGAAGUGGAUUAGAAACCCUGCUACCGAGGUUGAGGUUAUUGCUGAAAAUUAACAAAUUGUAAAGAAUCCAUUUUAGGUUUUAAACUAAAAAAUGUGGCAUAAUCCUUCAUUACCACCUCCUUAAAUAAUUGUUUAUUGAAAGUUAAAGAUAUUUUUGACAAUCUUAUUAUAGUAGCCUAUAAUUAGGGCCAACAUAUUAUGUCUUCUUUGGUAGCUGACUAUGGCAAUUCUUCUGAAUCAGACUCAAGUGAUGAAAUUCAGGGAGAUAAAAAAGACAGGGUGAAACCGUCCACUGAGGCUGAAAAACUUCCGUUACCAAAAUUUGGCGAAGAUGGCGCCAAAAUCACCAACUCAGUAUUUAAAAAUCCUUUUGCUGAAGAGGAAAUCGCCAAAAGUGCCAUCUUAGAAAAACAUGUAAAAAUGAUUCCUGCCAAAGAAGAUAUUACGCAGAUUAACGGUAAACAAAUAUGUUGGAUGUAUCGUAAAGGUAGAUGCCGAUUUGGUCAUAACUGUAAGUUUGCUCACGACUCGGACCUUUAUAGCGAAGCAACCGGAGAAAACUUGGAGCAAGCCGAAUGUUCAGCAGGCGGAGAUGCUUCUACCAAAAGUGAAAAAGUGGACAAGCCAGUGGAUAGUGAAACCAAGAAAAAGAAAAGGCCAGGGCUAACCCAAGGCCUAGUGCCUGGCAAAAAAGUUAUGAAUAUGUACAAAAAACAGAAAGUCAGUACGAGCAACAAAGUAUAGUUUUCUGUAACCAUUCGUACUCUUGUUUGUGAACUUGCAUGUAUGUCGUUUAGGAUAGUCGUUUGAAACAUAUUUGACAGUGCUAUUUUAACAGUUUUAAAAUAUUUUUAUCAAUUAGUCUAAGUCGUUCAAGCACUGUUUGUUGUGAAGCCUAGCUGCACUUUCAUAUCACAUGUUUCUUAGCACUAAGUAAAUACUUUGUCAUUGCCAUUUUACAAAGUUUUAAAUAGUGUCGCAAUAAAGCUUAAAAAUCUCUUUAGCACUGCAAGUGCUUUAAUACCA